AGUGACCACCACUAAGUUGUUUUCGUGUCAAGUUUGGUGGUUCUGUUAACAUAAUUAAAAAAUUGAUUUAGAAAGAACAAAAUGGAUUUGUCGGCUAUAUUAAGGGAUGUUGACUUUAAUGUUGAUAAAAACAUUGAUAUUGCCUUGUCUAGAAUAAAAGCCGAGGAGGAAAGGGUUAAUAACGAGUUGGAUACAUUGCUGGGAAAACAGUGCAAAAUCGAAGCAAGGUUGGGAGGUAUAACCAGAGCUACGAAAAAGAUGAGCAAUGUCGGCAAGGAUACAAACAAACUGGAUGACCAAAUUGUUCACACUGCUAUGUUGGCGACAUCAGUUAGCGCUAAAGUAAGGAGGCUUGACUUGGCCCGCUGUCGAGUCUCCGAAAGUCAGCAGCGAGUGCACGAUCUAAUUGAUUUACAGCUGUGUAGCCAGGGCGUUACGACAGCUAUCGUCGAUGAGGACUAUGAGGUUGCCGCUGCGCAUAUAAGCCGUUUUCUAGAUAUGGAUUUGCAACUAUUGAAACGUACGGCUGACGAUGUUCAAGGAUCAGCAAGUUCUAUAAGUGAAUCUGUACGCACAUUGGAAACGGGUACGAGCGAAAUGCGCCAAAUCGCGGUUCGCCGUUUUGAGGAGGCUGUGAAGAAGGACGACUUAGCGUCGGUCGAACGUUUUUUUAAGAUAUUCCCCCUGCUUGGUCACCACCAAGAAGGAAUAGAAAAAUUUUCCAAAUACAUAUGCACAAAGCUGGCGACAAAAAAUCAAAAAGAACUACGAAACACAAUGGAUAUUGCGAAAGCCAAUAAACGUGAUCAUAUAGCAUAUGCAGACGCAAUGACAUCAUUGCUUGAAAAUACCGCAAGGGUAAUUGAAGUAAAUCAACCGAUUGUAGAAGCUUAUUAUGGUGCCGGUCACCUACUAGAAAUGCUAAAAAUAUUACAACGCCAAUGCGACGAGGAUGUGAAAAACUUGCUAACCACCUUUUCUAAGAAUCGCCAAAUCGAUUUAAGAAAACAAAAAAUUAAUGACGUUCGGGCACGUUAUCCAAAUACCAGCUCCUCUGGAGCUUCGAAACUAGGACACUAUCGUAUGAAUUCGGGUGGAUCCCUAGACAAGUUAAAUCCCAAAGAUAUUGAUAGCACAAUCGUGGAAAUAACCGUAAUGCAUUCCAGAGUUGAACUCUAUUUUCGAUUUAUGAAAAGACGUGUUGCAGCCGAUAUUGAAGAGUGUUCCGAAGACAAAACAAUGCGAAAUGAUAAAAUUGAAAACUUGAACAGAGUUUUGCAACAAUCCGAUCUUAGGCGACAAACCCAAGAGUUACUGGGGACAUAUCUACUUUUUGAAAGAUACUUUAUGGAAGAAAGUGUUAUAAAAGCCAUUGCCCUGGACGUGCAUGAAAAUGGUCAGCUAUCUUCCUCAAUGGUAGACGAUGUAUUUUUUAUAUUGCGAAAAUCAAUACGACGAUCAUUAACUACCAUGUCUGUUAAUGGUACGUGCGCCGUCAUAAACAAUGCAGCAGCAAGCUUAGACAAUGACUUUGUAAACGCCCUGAAGUCACACUUGCAACUUGGUUAUCCUUCGGGAUAUAUUGACUUGACUCAAGCCUACAAUGCUAUCCAAAGUUCAUUGCAGCAAGGAAAAUUACAUUCUAGCGACAAUGAAAAGGCUCGAGUUAAUUUUCUUGUAUAUUUAAAUAAUGCAGACAUAGCUACGGAAUAUAUUGACACAUUAUGGAGGACCAUGGAACAUGAAAUAGCUGGAACUUAUUCCUCAAUGACCACCAUAGAGAAACAGUUGAUUGAAAGCUGUCUGUCGGAACUAAAAUCAGUUAGAGACACACUGAAAGCAUGUGUAGAUUUCGGCAUGCAACAAUUGAGAUCGAGUGCAAUUAACCCGAGGCUACAUCCUUGGGUCGACCAUUAUCUUAGUUAUAAGCAUCAGUUGACGGAGGACGAAUUGUCGGCAUACGAGGCAGGAGAAACGUUUGUGCAAUAUCUUAUAGUGCAAAUAGACGGACUACUGAAUACAUUCAAGCAGUUUUUAACACCACGAAACUAUGAUGCGCUCAUUAGUAUUGUAGCUUCGGAGCUAACGUUACGGCUGGAAAAAACUAUAAAGAAAUGUGUCUUCAAUCGCUUGGGUGGCUUAGUGCUAGACCAGGAAGUGCGAGCCUUAGGGGCAUAUCUGGCAAGUGCAACAUCCUGGUCGGUUCGGGACAAGAUGACACGUUUGACACAAAUCGCUACAAUUUUAAAUUUGGAAAAAGUAUCAGAGGUCAACGAAUAUUGGAAUCCUCAAAAUUCUUCAGAGUUGCCAUGGCGCAUAUCUCAAAAUGAAGUGAAAACAAUCCUCACACUAAGAUCUGACUUUCGAAUGGAAGACAUAAAACGUAUAAGAUUUUAAUUUGCUCCUUUGUCAAAACAGAAUCACCACGUAUUUGUAUUCUUUAAUAGCCAUUGUUAAUGUUUCCUUUGUAUUCCUCAAGUUUUUAGCGAAUAUUAAAAUACGCUCAUAAUUGAGAAUAUAAUUUAAAUACAUAUAUCUACAUACUAUAUAUGAAAAUAAUAUUUCAAGAAGAUAUACAUACAUUUAAUUUAAUUUUACUGUUUUAGUUAGGUAUGUAAAUUAAAAUUUUGUUCACAUGGUUUUUCUAUUCUUAAAGGGAAAGUCCAUUCCCAAUUAUUUAUGAGUUCUGUGGCGCAUUCUAAGUAAAUCAUUCAUUCAAUAUGUGGACACAAUUUAUUGUUACUCCGCUGUACACAGAAAAAAAAUUAACGGUUUCAAUCACGAAAUUAAUUGAUCCAAUUAAUUUUUUAUAUGAAACUGUUUAAUCACGAAAAUCAUAAUAUCAAUUACCGUUUUAGAAAAACGAAAUGGAAAAAUUGUUAAUUUUUUAAUUAUUUUGUGUGCUUGGUAUGGCUGGGUAAUGAAUUUAUUAUUUUUUCCCCAGAGUCGAAAUAGUCGACCUAAUUUGACCAAGAAAUUAAGAAUUUUUAUUGAUUACUGUAAAGAAAUUACCAAACAACAGAUGGGAUUGGAUCACAUGCACCCCAAUUUGAAACGUGUUUUAGGUGGCUAGUCUAAUAAUCAGUACAAUAGAGCUGCUGAAAUUUUCAAUACAUUUUUUUAUUGAUCGAAAUAUAAACAUGAUUGAAAUUGUUUAAAUCUUUUUUCGAAAUCCGGUACAUAGAACGGCAUCAUGGCAAGUGUUUACCCAGAAAAUAACUCUGUCUUCAGAUCAAAAAGAUAUCCACAUCGACACCCUUACACCAAGGGUGUGUAAAAACUGGUCCAGAUGGUGUGUUAGCUAGAAACCGCCAGAAACGGUGUGAGUGGUUGACUAAAAUCUAAAUAAAAAAUUUAGAAGAAGCAAAAUUGGCUCCCCAGCGGUUGUACACAAGUAAUAUAAAUAUUUAUGAACAUACUUGAAGUAUAAUUUCCAAAAGAAAUAAACUAAGUCAGUGAUGAUAGUAAGCUAUAAAAUUGCACAUGAAGAUGCAAUGGAACACCUAAAAAAUGAAAAACUACUUUCAAUUGAAAAAUUUGCUGAAAUCAGACCUAUUAAGGAAAUUGUAUUAUUUAUUACCAAUUUUGCAAUUUGCAUUUAUGAAAAGCUCAAAAAUCCAAUUAA